GACUCCACCGGAGCAGGCAGACCAACAAGCACCUCCAUCAACUCCACCUUCGUGAUGUCCAUGGUAAUCUCCUCCUCACGGAGCUCCAUGAUGGGUGGCGGCGGCGGCGGCCUCAUCAUGGGGCGGGGAUCCUAUGGUGGCAUGAGCUCAUUCAGCAUGGCAGGAGGAGCAGGAGGUGGUGGUGUCAGGGUCUCCCAGGCCAGCAGGAGCUUCUCUGCUGGGGGUGGCGGCGGCGGUUACGGCUUCGGUGCAGGUGCAGGUUUUGGUGCGGGCGGAGGUGUCGGCGCAGGCUUUGGCGGAGGGGCAGCAAUGGACGACAGCCUCAUUGGCAACGAGAAGUUCACCAUGCAGAACCUGAAUGACCGCCUGGCCAACUACCUGGCCAAGGUGGCGGCGCUGGAGAAGGCCAACGCCGAGCUGGAGCUGAAGAUCAGACAGUUUGUGGAGAGCAAAGUCGGCCCCACCACCAGGGACUACAGCACCUUCUUCGCCACCAUCGCAGACCUACAAGGGAAGAUCCAGGACGCCAUCAUCGCCAAAGGUACCGUCAUGCUGAGCAUCGAUAACGCAAAGCUGGCUCAGGACGACUUCAGACUCAAGUACGAGAACGAGCUGUCGAUGCGUCAGUCGGUGGAGGCCGACAUCGCGGGCCUGAAGAUGCUGCUGGGAGAACUGGGCGUGGCCAAGACCGACCUGAGCAUGCAGAUCGACUCCUUGAAGGAGGAGCUGGUGUCCAUGAAGAAGAACCACGAGGAGGACCUGCUGAGCAUGAGGAGUCAGAUGAGCGGUCAGGUGAAUGUCGAGGUGGACGCUUCUCCCCAGGAGGACCUCACCAAGGUCCUGGAGGAAAUCCGGGAACACUACGAGGCGGUCGCCGCCAAGAACCGCAGAGACCUGGAGAACUGGUACCAGAACAAGUCGGAUAUCAUCAGCCAGGAGGUGGCGACCACAGAGAUUACGCUGAAGUCAACAACCUCAGAAGUGAAGGAGGUGAAGACUCAGCUUCAGGCCCUGGAGAUCGAGCUCCAGUCGCAGCUCAGCAUGAAAGCAUCUCUUGAAGGCACGCUGGCCGACAUCCAGAGCCGCUACGCCAUGCAGAUGAGCGGAUACCAGAUGCAGGUGAGCUCUUUGGAGGAGCAGUUGGUGCAGCUGAGGGCCGACCUGGAGAGACAGGGACAGGAGUACCAGCUGCUGCUGGACAUCAAGACCAGGCUGGAGAUGGAGAUCGCGGAGUACAGGAGGCUGCUGGACGGAGAGGGAGUCGGAUCUUCGGCUCUGACUUCCUCCUCUUCCACCAAAGUCAUCACAAAGGUCAUUGAGGAGACCAUCUGAGACCAAUCACACGUCUGUCUGACCUGGCAGAGUCAAUUCAACCCAUCAGAGACCAGGAUGAAGUGUUUCUCCUCUUCAUCAGGCCCCACACUGAUGUUCUGCUGUCAUUUAAACCAUCUUCAGUGAAAAGCUUGUGCACUUGUGAGGGGAAAGUUUGAGCUUCCUCGACAGUCGGCCUUGUUAACAAAUCCUGUGUGUGGUGCUUCAAGGAAUAAAACUCCACUAAACUCAA